GACUAUCGAAAUGAAAUGGGAAAGAGAGUCGAUCGAAGAUCCAGAGAAAAUGGGUGGAACUUUCUGCCCGCAGGAUUUGGCUACUGGUCUGAUCAGAAUGUUGGAGUGCCGCCUCUGUCGCAAGCUCAUGAAGCCCCCAAUUAUACAGUGCAAGUCUGGGCACAGUAUCUGCAGAACCUGUGAUCUGCAGCUGGGUUUGGACCCUUGUCCAAUUUGCCGACAGAAGAAGACAGACGUACGCAACUUGUUAGCCGAGGAAAUGUGCCAGAAGAUACUGUACCCGUGCAUGAACACCGGAUGUUCCGAAAGUUUCAUGUUAAUUGAUAUGCUUCAUCACGAACCGAACUGUAAAUUUCGUAUGUUUGACUGUCCCAUCAACAAUCUAUGCCUCUGGAAAGGCAUGGUCUGUAAUAUUUUGAAGCACGCCGAAACAGCGCACGGCACAAAUGUUUGGCAUGAGGACUCCUGUCGUACCACGGGCAAUGACUUCUCGGAAAGUUUCGUAGAAACCUCCCUGGUUUCAUCCCUUGGAGAGCUUUUCAUUUGGAACUGCGAAUUUUCCUUGGAGAACAGAAAAUUCUCGGGAGCUCUGAAAUACAUUGGACCUAAGGAAAACGCUUCAAAAUUUACUUACACUUUUAAGUUAUCCAAAAAUGAGAACAAUCAGGCUGUGAAAAUGAAGAAUGUUGUUUUAAGCGAGAAUGAAUCAUUUGGAGACGUUUUUCGCAAGAUGAACAAUUGCAUCACGUUAGAUUACAAUACUCUUCUCCGACGGUUUAUGAAUGGAACGAGGCUUAAUUACAAGCUCUGUGUUAAAAUUUGCUCUUGAAGUCUUGGGAGUAAGCUUAUAAAUAAUCCUAUUGUGGGGUUCAGAAUACCAUUUGAUUCUACACGAAACAAUCUGAAGAAGGCAAAAUCUCGAGGAAUUGAUAAAACCUAAAAAGAAUUAUAUUAAUUAUAAAUAAACUUUAUCUACAAAUGAAAUCGCCCUCCAUCUUAUCUCUGAUUCAUUUCUUCAGGUUAAGUUCAGGGAGUGUUCCAUGUAUGAGUCUCCAUGUUGCAAACACGCAACAGAAAAUGGCGGAUAAAAAGAAGGAAGACGAAAAGAUUAAUUCGAAGUAUUCGCGGUCCAGCAAAAUACAUGCAAAACUUUCGCGCAAACAUCAGCUCAUACGGUGAGUGUGAAAGCUGAUCUAACGUGCUUUAAAAUAAAACGAUUUCUAUGGGAUUGAGGGUUACUGGGCUUUACAUUCCACUCUGAUGAAUCAUGUGAUACGUUAGCAGAUAACAGAGUUCCAAUAUAGAUUCUGAGUCCGUGUGUUUGUGUAUGUAGGAAGAUGAUCUUUAUUGACUACAGCAAACAAUUUUAAUUAAAAUGUUUUGAAUAAAUAAUUUUAUAUGUGUUGAAGCAUGACAUAAGUGUAGUCAUUAUAUCUGUUCUUUGAGUAUUUUUUCUGGAUUAAAUGUUCUCUAGAA